GUCACUUGGCACGGCCUUAUAUGGUAAAGACAGACCAAGAUGGAAGAUUCCAGGUUCAUUCAGAGUACCAGCCAAUGAAGCAACAGAUAUAACACCAUCUGACAAGACUGAAGCAGGAAGGUUCCAGUACCAUCACUUCUGUUCCAGUACUGGCACUUCAGGAGAUUAAAGUAGACAAUACUUAUCAGCCCAAAGCUGUUGUUGUGGAGAACAUUCCAGAAAACAUGUCAAGUGACCUAGGCCUACUUGGUUUGGUUGUGGAGAAUAUCAGUGGUGUUUCUGAGGAAGACUACAAUAUGGAACUGAUCAAUGAGUCCUGUGUUGCUGUCGUAACAUUCAGCCACCACAAUGAUGUGGAGAAUUUUUUGAAUGAAGCCAGGAUCAGCAAAAAAUUCAAGCAGUACAAUCUGAGUGCCCAGGUCCUAGAAAGUACCUGCAGUUUGAGGAUGGAAGGUCUACCACCUCAGGCCAACAGAGACGUCCUGAAUGUUUACUAUGAAACACUCAGAGUUGAAGCAAAAAGUAUUAGUAUGAUACCAGAGGAAAAUGCUGCGGUUGUCACAUUCUUCAAGCCAGAGGAUUUUGUGGACAUGUUACACAGAAAGCACAGCAUCUGUAAAGUUGAAGUCUACAUGUACCCAUAUUAUGAGUCACUAGGCACAGCACUGUAUGGUAAAGACAGACCAAGAUGGACGACUCCCAGACCAUUUAUGCUAGCGAACGGCUAG